AUGGCGACUUCCAAAUUCUGUGCAUUCACUUCCUUCUUGGUGUUCCUAACCAUCUUCUUCAUCACAAGCAAAGCUUCUUCUAAUUACACAGCUCAUUACUGCUCAAACGCCAUCAUCUUCCCCACCAACACUACAUUCAAACGAAACCUCAACGUCCUCCUCUAUUCCCUAACCUCCAACGCCUCCCAGUUCGGCGGCUAUUACAUGACCAUCAUGGGCUUCGGAACCACCGACGCCGUCAACGGCCUCUUCCUCUGUCGCGGGGACGUGAUCUCCCCUACCGCCUGCGAAGACUGCGUCACCGCCGCUGCUAAGGACUUAACUACCCGUUGCCCUAACCGAACCGAGGCCAUAAUCUGGUACGACCAGUGCAUGCUGCGUUACACCGGCAAGUAUUUCCGGUACGACAGCGUCACACCCGGAGUAAACCUCGACGACGGCAAGAUAUUCUCCGGCAGGGACUUGGAACAGUUCAAUGUCUCGUUAUUCAACUUAUUGACUGAAUUGACAACGAAGGCUGCGAGACCACCGACAGUGAAGAAGUUUGCCGUCGGCCAAGCGAUAUUAUCGAGCUCGCCGGUGACGACGCUGUAUGCUUUAGAGCAGUGCACGGACGACUUGACCAGUGAUCAGUGUGAAACAUGUCUGCGAAAUGCCAUUGGAAUUUUCGGUAAUUGCUGUGAGGGAAAACAAGGGGCGAGGGUUCUUCUUGCUUCGUGCUACAUCAGAUAUGAACUAUAUCCGUUUUACAAUGUAACGGCUGUAUCACCUGGACCUGCAGUAACAUUGUCUCCUGCUCCAGGGGAGGACAAAAAUGAAACGCGAAGAAUUCUUCUAAUUGUCGUUCCAGUUUCAGUUGCUGUUAUGAUGUUGUGUUUGGGAGGGGCUUUCCUUCUGAAAAUACGGAAGAAGCAUAAGACUGCAGUACUUAAUGAAAAUCAUGGAGAAGAAAUUACCGCUCCAGAGUCGUUGCAAUUCUCUUUUGCUACAAUUGAAGCUGCGACAAGCAAUUUUUCACAGCUUAACAAAAUAGGCAAAGGUGGAUUUGGGGAAGUCUACAAGGGUGCGCUUCCAGAUAAACGAGAAAUAGCAGUUAAGAAACUUUCAAGUAAAUCUAAGCAGGGUGUGGUGGAAUUUAAAAAUGAGAUUUCACUUAUUGCCAAGCUUCAACAUAGAAAUCUGGUUGCCUUAUUUGGAUUUUGCUUGCAAGAAGAGGAGAAAAUGCUGAUCUAUGAAUAUGUGCCUAACAAAAGUCUUGAUUUCUUUUUAUUUGAUUCUAAUCCAAAGAGAAGGAUAUUGAAUUGGUCUGAGCGAUACAACAUCAUCGGAGGCAUUGCAAGAGGAAUUCUAUAUCUACAUGAGCAUUCACGACUCAAAGUUAUACACCGUGAUCUCAAGCCUAGUAAUGUGUUAUUAGAUGAUAACAUGAAUCCAAAAAUAUCAGAUUUUGGCUUAGCAAGAAUAGUUGCUAUAGAUCAAAAUCAAGGAAGUACUAGUAGAAUUGUUGGAACAUAUGGUUACAUGUCUCCUGAAUAUGCAAUGCAUGGACAAUUUUCAGAAAAAUCAGAUGUAUAUAGUUUUGGAGUUAUAAUUCUAGAAAUAAUUAGUGCAAAAAGAAAUGCUCGAUCCCCCAAGUCAAAGAUUCUUGAAGAUCUUUUAAGUCAGGCAUGGAGACAAUGGAGGAAUCACACCCCACUGGAAGUUCUGGACGCAAACCUUAAAGAAUCAUACUCUCACACUGAGGUCAUAAAGUGCAUUCAAAUUGGGUUAUUGUGUGUACAAGAAGACCCAGAUGAUAGACCCACAAUGGCCACAGUUGUUUCAUUCCUCAAUACCCAAUUAAUUGAUCUGCCAUUUCCAAGAGAACCUGCGCUCUUCAGGUACAGUGCUGGGAAAUCAACCAACAUGGUAGAUGGAGAUUGCAGUUCAGGACAAUCCUCCAUUGAUUCCACACCUUCUUCCAUCAAUGACAUGUCCAAGACUACUUUCUUCCCUCGAUAUUACCAUUUUCGUUCUCAGACUAUGUUUCUCUUCAAAAUUUAUCCUCUUCUUCUUUUCACGUCCUUCUUGGCAACGCGAGCUCUCGCAGCUCCCGUUUACAAUGGCCAUUACUGCAACGACACGACCACGUACCCACGCAACUCCACAUUUCAGCGUAAUAUUAAUGUACUACUCUCUUCUCUCACCUCCAACGCCUCCCUAGAUUCCUCUGGUUCCUACAAUACCGUCAUGGGCUUCGGCACGCCCUACGCCGUCAACGGCUUCUUCCUUUGCCGCGGCGAUAUCACCAUGCCCACCUGUCACGAUUGCGUCAACGCCGCCGCCAAAGAUGUUAUUUCCCGAUGCCCUAACCAAACCGAGGCCGUUAUCUGGUACGACGUCUGCACGCUGCGUUUCACCAACAUGUUCUUCCGGUUUGAGAGCGUCUUUCCCGGAAUGAAUUUGACGGAUGAGGAGAGCGUAUCUAGCACCGAUAUUAACCUAUUCAACCAGUCGUUGUUCAGAUUGUUGGAUGAUUUGGACACGCGAGCUGCGAAUUCGGAGACGGAUAAGAAGUUCGCAACAGGGGAAGUGAGAGUUACGAGCGCGAUGACUGUGUAUGGGCUUGCGCAAUGCUCGAAGGAAAUGACAUCCGAACAAUGUGAAACCUGUUUGCAGAACGCCAUCGGAGUUCUUCCGGCAUGCUGUGAGGGAAAGCAAGGCGCGAGAGUUCUGCUUUCGCCCUGUAAUGUCAGAUACGAGUUGUUCCGGUUUUACAAUUCAACCACUUCGUCACCUGGAAAGAAGAAAUAUGGAUCAGGAACAAUUGCAAUGAUUGUUAUCCUUGUUGUUGUUUUUGUAAUCCUCUUAUGUUUAGGCUGCUAUUUCCUGCUGAGAAGAUCAAGGAAGAGUCAUAGGACUAUUCUCAGAGAACACUUUGGAAAUGAAAGCGAGUCUUUGGAGUCAUUGCAAUUUAGUUUGGCUACAGUUGAAGCAGCAACAAACAAGUUUUCACAGCAGAAUAAGAUAGGCAAGGGUGGAUUUGGAGAAGUUUACAAGGGUCGUCUUCAAGACGGACGAGAAAUAGCAGUUAAAAAACUUUCUACAAGCUCAGGACAAGGUUCGAUAGAAUUCACAAAUGAGAUUUUACUCAUAGCCAAGCUUCAACACAGGAAUCUAGUGGCUUUGUUAGGAUUUUGCUGGGAAGCAGAAGAGAAGAUGCUUAUCUAUGAAUAUGUGCCCAACAGAAGCCUUGAUUACUUUUUAUUUGAUUCUCAAAGGAGAAAACUACUGAACUGGGUUCAGCGUUAUAGAAUCCUGGAAGGAAUUGCGCGAGGAAUUCUUUAUUUACAUGAGUACUCAAGACUUAAAGUUAUACACCGUGACCUUAAACCUAGUAAUGUGUUAUUGGAUGAUAAUAUGAAUCCAAAGAUUUCAGACUUUGGUUUGGCAAGAAUAAUUGCUAUAGAUGAUGAUCAAGGGAAAACAAGAAGAAUAGUUGGAACAUAUGGUUACAUGUCUCCAGAAUAUGCAAUGUAUGGACAAUUUUCUGAAAAGUCUGAUGUAUUCGGUUAUGGGGUCAUAACAUUGGAGGUGAUCAGUGCAAAAAGAAAUGCCCGAUCACUAGACUCACGUAGUGUUGAUGACCUUAUUAGUCAUGCUUGGAGACAAUGGAGGGAUCAAACACCGUUAGAAAUACUGGACCCAGAUCUAAAAGAAGCUUGCCCGCAGAGCGAAGUCAUGAAGUGCAUUCAGAUUGGUUUGUUAUGCGUACAAGAAAAACCAAAUGAUCGACCCACAAUGGCAAACGUUGUUUCAUAUUUUAAUAGUCCUUCAGCCGAAUUACCUCUACCUCGACAGCCAGCAUUUUUGAUGAACAAUGUAAUGGCAGGGGAAUCCAGUUCAGGUUCUAGAUCUUUAUACUCGGUAAAUGAUUUGUCUAUCAGUAAUUCUUUCCCUCGGUGACACUAGGUCGAUUUUUAUGAACAUUAUGAUUUGCUUAUCAUUAUUGGAUGUAGAGGGAAAAUCAAUCGCUGAGCUAAUUUGUAUAGAGAAAUCGCUCCGGGACUGACUUUGUUCAUUAAUAUUGAUGGUUAAUUGAGCAAUUUUGAUCAGGGUCAGAGCAUUUUUGCUCCCGAAA